CCUUUUUCGAAAGCGGCCAACUCUUCAAACCUUUAUGUGUGUGUAUAUAUAUUACAUACGUAUAUUUUUAUAUACUAGUAUUAAUUUAUUUAUACUUCGGCUUCUCCACCACAACUCCUGCUCCGCAACAAUGGGCGCGCCGCUUCCUCCCAAAGAGGCCAACCUCUUCAAAGCUGUGGUUAAAUCAUAUGAGACGAAACAAUAUAAGAAAGGGCUAAAAGCUGCAGAGGCCAUACUGAAGAAGUUUCCUAAUCAUGGAGAAACCCUGGCAAUGAAAGGAUUGACAUUAAAUUGUAUGGGUCGCAAAUCAGAAGCAUAUGACCUUGUUCGGAUGGGAUUGAAGAAUGACCUUAAGAGCCACGUUUGCUGGCAUGUUUAUGGUCUUUUAUACCGGUCAGACAGAGAAUACAGGGAAGCAAUAAAGUGCUAUAGAAAUGCACUUAGAAUCGAUCCUGACAACAUUGAGAUAUUACGGGACCUGUCUCUUUUGCAGGCACAAAUGCGUGACUUAACGGGCUUUGUUGAAACAAGACUACAACUGCUGACGUUGAAGCCAAAUCACCGUAUGAAUUGGAUUGGCUUUGCUGUUGCACAACAUUUAAACUCAAAUGGACCAAAAGCUGUUGAUAUCCUUGACGCGUAUGAAGGGACUCUAGAUGAUGAUUAUCCCCCAGGAAGUGAAUGCUGUGAGCAUGGGGAAAUGCUUUUAUAUAAGAUCUCUUUAUUAGAGGAGUGUGGAUCUUUUGAUAGAGCUCUUGAAGAAAUGCGCAAGAAAGAACCUAAAAUUGUUGAUAAGCUGGGAUACAAGGAGCAAGAGGGCCGCCUUCUUUUAAAGCUUUGCCAUUUUGAAGAAGGGGAAAGAUUGUAUAAGAUGUUACUAUCUAUGAACCCCGAUAAUUACAGAUACUAUGAGGGGUUACAAAGAUGUCUCGGACUUCACUCUCAAGAUGUUAACUAUUCUUCUGAUGAAAUUCAUCGCUUAGAAGCUCUUUAUGAAUCCCUCGCACAGCAAUAUCAUAGAUCAUCUGCAGUAAAGAGAAUUCCUCUUGAUUUUUUGAGAGGUGAGAAAUUUCCGGUAGCAGCAGGGAACUAUAUUAGACCUCUCCUUACUAAAGGUGUUCCUUCGUUGUUUUCUGAUCUUUCACCUCUUUAUGAUCACCCUGGAAAGGCAGAUAUUCUUGAGCAACUUGUUUUGAAGUUGGAGCAUUCGGUCAGGACAACUGGUACAUAUCCCGAGAGCAAGGAUAAAGAACCCCCUUCAACGCUCAUGUGGACGUUAUUUUACCUUGCUCAGCAUUAUGAUAGACGCAGUCUGUAUGAUCUCGCUCUUACAAAAAUUGACGAGGCCAUAAAACACACUCCAACUGUAAUUGAUUUAUACUUAGUCAAGAGCCGAAUAUUAAAGCACGCUGGUGACUUGGCAGCAGCAGCUGCAUUGGCUGAUGAAGCUAGGUGUAUGGAUCUUGCAGAUCGAUAUCUUAAUAGUAAAUGUGUGAAGCGUAUGUUGGAGGCUGAUCAGGUUGCAUUGGCUGAAAAGACAGCAGUAUUAUUCACAAAAGACGGCGAUCAGCACAAUAAUCUUUAUGAUAUGCAGUGCAUGUGGUAUGAACUAGCAUCUGGGGAAAGCUAUCUGCGGCAAGGUGACUUAGGGCGAGCUUUGAAGAAAUUUCUAGCUGUGGAAAAACAUUAUUUGGAUAUCACUGAAGACCAAUUUGAUUUUCAUUCCUAUUGCUUAAGGAAAAUGACACUUAGAACGUACGUGGAAAUGCUGAAGCUUCAAGAUCGGCUCCACUCAUAUGCUUAUUUUCGAAAAGCAGCUUCUGGUGCGAUAAGAUGCUACAUGAGGCUGUAUGAUUUUCCAUUGAAACCAACAACUGAAGAAGAUGAUGAAUUGUCAAAGCUUCCAUCAUCUCAGAAAAAGAAACUAAGGCAAAAACAGAGGAAAGCUGAAGCACGAGCUAAGAAAGAGGCAGUGGUGAAAAGUGAUGAAUCCAGUGCUACAUGUGUAUCGAAGUUAGGAAAGCGUCAGACGAAGGUAGUUGAUUCUGAUCCAAAUGGAGAACAAUUGUUGCAGGUAGAAGAUCCUCUGAUGGAAGCUACAAAAUAUUUAAAGCUUCUGCAAAAACAUUCCCCUGAUUCCUCUGAAACACAUUUGCUUUCUUUUGAAGUAAAUAUAAGGAAACAGAGAAUUUUGCUUGCUUUAAAGGCUGUAAAGCACCUAGUACGGUUAGAUGCUGACAGUCCUGAUUCACAUCGCUGCAUGAUAAAAUUCUUUCACAAGGCAGGAUCUUUGUCUGCUCCAGUUACUGAUGAUGAAAGGCUUGUACUAGAGAUUGUGAAAGCAGAGCGACUUACCUUUAGUCAGCUGGAGGGGAAGACUUUAAUUGAUGCAAACCAUGUAUUCCUUGAAACGCAUAAAGAUUCAUUGAUUCAUAGGGCUGCUGUAGCGGAGUUGCUGCAUAUCCUAGAGCCAAACAAGAAGACAGAUGCUGUUAAGUUAAUUGAAGAGUCUGCAAAUGGUGCAGUUUCAGUUAGAAAUGGAGUACAAGGGUCAUUAAUUAAUUGGAAGCUGAAAGAUUGCAUUGAUGUCCACAAAUGUCUAGACAUAACUCUGGAUGAACGUGAUGCUGCAUUGAGAUGGAAGGAACGCUGCACGGAGUUUUUCCCAUAUUCUACUUACUUUGGUGGCUCUCACAGCUCAGUGUCUAUUGGUUUAGCCCACCACCUGAUAAGACAAACUCCUGAAAAUGGCUUACCUUCUCAAAAUAGUGAUCUCGAAGCAGGCUACAUUUCAUCUAAUGGGAGAUUACAGAACCACGAUGGAUUCAAGGAUCUUGUCACCUGAUCUAUAUAAUUAGAGAUAUAAAGGUAAAGGGGCCUCAAACUACGAAAUCCAUUUUUGCUGCAGUUUUUCACCCCGUUACUGUUUUUUACUGUCUCUGUCAUCCAACAUGUCGAGAGACUAGUUACAUUAUCUAGCUAAUUAUUGUGGAGAACAGUAGCAUUUCGGCACUACCCAUCCACCUCAAAGUAUUGAAAGCUUCUUUCUCUAGAGUUAUACGAGCAGAUGCCCGGAGUUUGUGGGCAAAGCUCAUAGCCAUCCAUCCAUGCGUCUUUAAGAGCAUGUAUUUUUCUUCUAUAUCUAGUUGUGCAUUAUUUGGUAUGCAAGACAUUUUUCACUUCGGAAUUCUUUCAUUAUAUAUGUAUGAAAAAGUUUGAG